CAGAGCACUUCAGGGUUUUAGUCCACGGUGUCUCCUGUCCUACCGACAGUCCCACUGGGCUGACAGUUGACAUGAUGUCCGGUUGGUUUCUGGUCGUGUUGCUGGGCUGUGGUCUGGUCAGGGCUCAGGUCCUCACAGACGAAAAUGGGGAUAGUCUGAUUUUAAAUCCAGAGCAAACCACAGAGGCAGAUCUGAGAGUCCUGCUGCUGGACCUGAAAACCAGAGUGGAGAAACUGGAGAGAGAGCGAGAGGACAGAGCUAAAUAUCAGGUGGCGUUCUCAGCCUCACUCAUCACCACCACAGAGUGGACCCAUCACGGACCUUUCAACACUGAUACCAAGCUGGUCUUCAGGAAGGUUACGACAAACAUUGGCGAGGCAUAUGACCCCAACACAGGCAUCUUCACUGCCCCCAUCAGAGGACUCUAUUACAUCCGAUUUACCGGCUGUGUUGGAAGCCCUGGGUCCAUGAAUGCAGCGCUGAUGAAGAACGGUGAGAACAUGUUUGCUGUCUUCGACACCAGGGGAACCCAUGGAAGUGCCUCCAACAGCAUGACCCUGGUCCUGGAGGCGGGUGACCAGCUCUCCAUCACCCUCUGGGCUGAGAAGAGCAUCUUCGACCAGAGUCGACUCAGCACCUUCAGCGGCUUCCUCGUCUUCCCCAUGGAGGCGGCGACUGUCGCACCUACAGCUGCUGCGACGACAAAGGCAAUCGUUCUUAGAUCAGUUCCUGAAAGUGCUUAAAGAUUAAAAUUCAGCCGCAUCAAGAGUCACAGGAGGAAACCUUUGAAGAGCCAACAUACAGUCUGACUGGACCUCAGUCAGACACCUGUUCCUCAGAUCUUUUCCUGAGCACGCCCUGAGCUGAGCUCUUUACCUGUAGGUUAUUGAAACAACAUUCUCCAGCAUUAAUCAGCCUGAAAAUCAUCAUCCAGAGUCAGAGGUCGGAAAUAAAUGAAAUAAAAUCAAUUUUAUAUCCUGACAGUUUGGUGACAACUUUAAACAGCAGCAGUUAAAAACAAAGUUUAAAAAAACAGUAAUAUUGAGGAGGGGGAGGAAUUUAGAUUCAUAACUUUAUGGAAGGAGAAGUAAAGUAAAAGUACUCUGUUACAGUAACAACAUCAAAUCACAAACGUCCUGUUUCAUUUAGCGCUGACUUAGAGCUCAGAGCUAAAUGAAAUGACCAGUUGGAAGCUUAGUGGUGGAGACGUUGACGUCAUGUGACCGUGGUGUAGUUGGUUUAUAGCCUAACAUUAGCUUUUUACUUCUGGAAGUUGGAUUUAGGCUUCAAACAUCAGAAUAGUGGUGUUCAUCUGUGAAGAUGAUCUGAUCAACUAAACCUGAAGGAUCAGAAACUUUAAGAAUUCAGACACUAACAAACUGUAGCUGGAGACUGGUUGGUGCAGACCUACAAUCCUGAGCUGGUGAUUCUAGUUUCUUUUAGUUUUUCUGGCUCCUGUUUUAAUCUCUGUCAUAGUUUAUUUUGAUGUUUCAGUGGUGGAUCAGAUAUAGAAGAUGGAGACGCUGCGAUGUUAAAAUGUUCCUCAGGAUUUGAAGUAAACAGGAUUUACAGGAACUAGUCUAAAAUCAGCUGCUGAGUUAAUGAACCGUCGUCUCUUCCUUCCUGCGUUGAUCACAGGAAGUUUUUAUCCAGGAUCAGAUUUCUCAUCUGGACUUCACUCAGAGGAGGAGAUGGACUGGUAGCAGGUCAUUUAACAGACUGAAAUCAUCUUGGUUUCCUCCAGACAAAGAUUUUAUGACUUCACUCAGGGUUUGUGUUAAUUAAUGGAUGAAAUCAAAGAGUUUUCAGUGUAAAAUCCUUGAAACUAUAUAUUUUAAAUUCAACAUCAAAGUCCCUGAUUUAUCAAAGAGCAGGACAGAGCUUUUAUAAACUAAAUGUUAACACAACAUGCUGGGAAAAAAAAUCAUUUAUUGUUGAAAUGGAACAGUUGAACAGUCAAAAUAUUUCAUGUUGUGUUUUGUGACCUGAGAGAAAACUUCACCUCAGCUUCAGUCUGUAAAACAAACAGAACAUUUUCUUUAAAGAAAGAACUAAUAAUAAACUGUUAGAGGAGCAGAUCCACUAAACAGAUAAAACCUGAUCUCAUUAAUAAAUAUCUAUAAUCAUCUGAUCAAUAGUAACCUGUAUUGACUGUAAGAAUGAUCCUUUGGUUGAUUUUUUCUUAUGAAAUCCAUAAAGUCACAUUUUAUUUUGAAACAGUCUCGGUAACUUUCACUCCUCCGUACCGGACCCGGAGUAGUCCGCCUGAGUCCACCCGGCCUCAGCUGCUGUUUCCCGGCUCACAGCGGCUCGGUGAGUCGGUAGGUUGGACGGAUCCUCCGCGGUGACGGCGGGCGGCUCGGCGGUGGUCAGAGCCGGGGAGGGGAAGCCUCGAGGAGGCUCGGCCGGUCCGGUUGAGAGGACCGGAGCAGAGUCCCCGGUCUCAGCAGGUAAACCAUCACCUGAUGUUAAACCGUGACGUCCUGUGUAAUCAGGAUCAAUAGAGUCAUUUAUAUCAGGAUCAAUAGAUGUAUUAUUGGUGACGUCAUUGUCCCUGUUUAAAGUUUUCCUCUGAUCCGGUUUCUGAGGUCUGACUCCUGCUGUGAUGUCUGUUCCAGUCCUGGAGGUCGUGGCUCCCGGUUCCCCGGUUGUGGUCCCGGUCCGGGGCAGUCCGGGUCCGGGAGUGGGUUUCCAGAUGAGGCUGUAGUAAACAGCCAGGAUGACGGCAGCCAGAGACACGGACAGGACGUAGACCACCACGGUGGCCAGCCGCACCCACUUCUUGUUGGCGUUGGCCACCAGCCGUGCCUUCUUCUCCCCGGUGUAAGUCGCCGGUUUGCCCCGCUCCGCCGGGCCGAACCCCGGGGUCCAGUUCCGCGGGUCCCGCAUGGUUUAAACCCGGUGGAUCCUGCUGUGGCCCCGCUCAGGGUCAGGACCGGGUGGAGGAGGACCAGGUCCGGCUGCAGGACCUGAAGGAGGUCAGUCAGACGAUCCCGGUCCUUCCAUCGUGUGGAUCACAGCUGGAGUCCUCCACAGUUUUAUACUCAAACUGAACUGAGUCAAGGUGGACUCACACACCGGAAGCUACAGAAUUGUGCCUUCAAGAUAAAAGCCUAGAGUUAGGAAAUACUGGAGAAGACCUGAAGCUCUGGGUUUAUUUUCAAAUUUCCAGCUUUAGUGUGAAACUCUUUGUUUCUGUAUUGGAGGUGAACAUGUGUAGAAAUGUGUUUGUGUGUCUUGUUGGUCUUAAUGCAUCUUAAAUACAGUUUGUUUUACCUGAUCAGGUACAGCAGCUCUGCCUGAAGAUCUCCAGCAGAUUAAAUUAAAAUUAACUGGAACUACAA